UAUAUCAAUCAAUCAGCAGAUAGGAUGGAACAAGGAGAAAAAGGAGGAAGUAUGAAGUACCAGAACUACACUCUGGAGGACUUCCUCCUCAGCAGCCAUGUGGAACAGAUGGAGUUUAUGAUGCUCUCCCCUGGCAUGUUGCAGACUGCCUACGACAAGGAGCGUUGGAGCAACCAGUUCCUCAAGUUUCUGAAGACCAUAGUGCACCUCGGCCGAAUUGUAUUUCUGCAAACUUUGCAGGAAUGUAAUGAAUCAAGCCAAUGGAGAGAGGAAAAGGAGGUUGAGGAAAAAGGAGAGGCAGAGGAGGAAGAAGGAAUGGAGAAGAAGGGAGAUACCCCAGAGAAGGAAAAAGGAUCCUCUUCCGAAGGAUCGUACAAAAAGAAGUCGGGAAAUUUAUCUCCUCAACAAAUAAAUGCGAAAGUCCUGAACGUUCUCUGCAGCGUGUUGGAAGAAUGGGAGACAGCAAAGGUGUUGUGUCAUUAUGGCAAGCAAGUUAUAGAUGCUAGCUUUGCCUAUUCCCCUCUUGGAAUGCUAAAGGAUAAAGGAAGUACAAAGGAAAAAGUACCAAAAUCCAAAAUAAUGUUAUUGAAAGAAACACCAGAGAAAAGAAACACUGAUAAAAAGGUGACUCUGAAACUGCAGGAGCUGAAGAAGGAACCUAAGGAACAGACUCCUUACAGUAACCAGCUUCAGAGAAGUUGGUCAUUGACGUCUGCAGACACAGGACUUCGUUCUAUUGGUAAAGUAGUAAAGGAUGAAGGAGGUGCAAAGGAAAAAGUCCCAAACGAUGAAGGAAAGUCCUUGGAGAAAACACCAGAAAAAGCCUACAAAAACGUGACACUGAAAUUGAAGGAGGAAGCAACAGCUUGCAACAGGAAGCUCCAAAGAAGUCAGUCACUGAAGCUAGAAGACAUAAUCCAUAGCAGAGUUGAAACGAAUAAAGCAGAAAAAAUAGUCCCAAAGGCUGAAGUAAAGCCCAUGGAGGCAACGCCAAAAAAGGCAGAUGAAAAGGGGGCCCAAACAUUGAAGGUGGAAACAACUUACAACAAGCAGCUCCAAACAAGUCAGCAACUGAAGCUGGAAGAUCGUUCCCUUAGCAGAACGGAAGUGAAGGAAGCUGAAGUGUCAGAUGUAAAAAUCAAGAAACACUCGGAAGAUGUGAAAGUCAGUACAAAAACAGAGACGCUGCUUAAAAGUCAGGAAGGAUUAGCAGAACUGUCUAAUCUGCGUAUGGAUGUCAGGGACAUGAAAAUUGCUCUCGAAAAGAAAAGGGAAGAAAAGGCACAAACAUCACUCAAACAAUGUCAAGAAAAGACACAAACAUCAUUCAAACAACCUCCCACACCAGCUCUAUUUUCAUCUUCUCCUCCUCAACCAGUAUUCUAUUCUCCUCCAGAAGUAUAUUCUUCUCCUUCUCCUCCUCAACCAGCAUUCUAUUCUCCUCCAGAAGUAUAUUCUUCUCCUUCUCCUCCUCAACCAGCAUUCUAUUCUCCUCCAGAAGUAUAUUCUUCUCCUCCUCAACCAGUAUUCUAUUCUCCUCCAAAAGUAUAUUCUUCUCCUUCCCCUCCUCCUGUAGUUUUUUCUCCUCCUGCACCAAAGGUCCCUGUUGCCACUCCAAAGCCAUCUGCUCCCUCAGGGUAUGUGCACGUGAGGGAACAUUACCGACAAGGUCAUGAAGUGAAGGGUCACUGGAGGGGCGACACUUGGGUCGAACCGUACUAUCGUCAAGGUCAUACAGUCAGUGGUCAUUACAGAAGGAAAUGAUAUCUGAAAGAGAUUUUUGCUAAGCAUUUUUGUAGCAAAUCAGUUUGCUGUCGAUUUUACCCUAGGGAGUUUAUAUUUUAUGCUAUCGUGAAAUUCUUGUCAUUUAUCACCAUAUCACUAAAUAGUAUAAGGCUGAGAAAUUCUAUUUCUCAUCAGUAAGGAAAGUAGAUUUAUAACAAAUGUAGAAUUAGAUGGAAAAGACACUGGAGCAGGAAUGUGCAGUUUCUAUUUUGAAAUUUACCCUCCCAAAUUCUGGAUCAAUGAAAUGCAUGUUAAGUGUAUGUUCUUUUGGUGAGUACUUAGCUUCUGUUUCAUAAUGAAUAACAGUAAGUCAUCGUGCUAACAACUUAUCUGAAGUGUUCUUUAUCCAGUUUCACCAUAUUUAAGAAAAAGUGAUUCUUGCAGCUUUGUUAGAAUCCUGGUGAAAAUGUUAUUCAUGGUUCCUAUGUUAUUUUAUUGUAAUGUUAUUUGGACAUCAAUGACCACUCUUGGUGAAACCUGACCUUAUGGUUUGCGACUAGUUACUAUUUUAUUUGAAUUGCCAUCUCUUGUGAUUGCAAACUGGAAUUGGUGCAUGAGACAGUGGGUUACAGUGAGACCUGGGAGUGAGGGAAGUGCACAAAUUGGAAUACAGAUUCCAAAACAUCAUACUGGAUAAUAAGCAGCAACAAUGAUUAUAUAUAUUUUUCUAUACUAAUGACCUAAUUUUGUUAAGAGUUAAUUUGUUAAAUGUGGAAUUUAAGCAACUGUCCCUCAGAGGUUAUGCAUUUUCAUGUCAAGUUGUAACUUAAGUUGUAUCAGUAGUUACCUAUGCGUAAGAUAAUAGUUAUAUAUAAGAUAUGGAAUAUGAUUGAAGACUGGUUGUAUUGACAUAUCCUUGGUGAAUUUGCAUAAACAAAGCAAUAUUUAUGGAACAGCCAUCUUGGCUGCUGUUAUUGUUUUUCUUUUCUUUUUUUCCUCCAAAUUGGGCUUCAUGGUCUAAAUACAGAAGUCAUCUACCUGCCGGUCAACAGAAUACUCCUGCAAUGCCCUUAAUGUAUGCCACAUGGUGCACUGUAAGCAAAACAUCAUUUCCUUGAUUUACUGGCCCUCUUUUCUUUUUGCUGUUCAACCACUCUAACAACCUCUUUCUACUAUGUUGUGUGAAAUUUACUUUUACCCUGUUGAACAGAAUAUAGAAUUUAGCCCAGAGGUCAAUUGGUAGGACCUAUAAUGGCAUUCAACUUUCUAUGUUGAUAUCUCGGCCAUUAAUGUAACCAAAUAUUGCUCAAAUCAAGUUCCUAAAUUCUGUUGCAAGACCCAGUAACUCCAUUUAUAAUUAAUAUAGUACAUGGAAACAGAGCAGCGAGAAGAUCAGAAAUCCUUUCUUCUCUUUAUUUACACAAACCUUUUGGGAAUCCUUUCCUAUCUUUAGGGCGACUAAUAGAAUUAGCUUUUACAAUAAUUAGAGUAUGCUAAAAUAAGCUAAUAAUUAUAAGAAACCUAUUAAUGUAGUAAUAUAACAGUCGCUAAGCUAAAAAACAAUAAAGACUACAAAGCGAAUUUAAACUAUAAGUAAAUUAGAAUAUACAUAAUACAGUGAAAUAACAUAAAAGUGCAAAAAAUAAAAACAAUAGGAGGGGUUCUUUUGUACUUCCUGUUAAAGGGGGUUGGCUGUUAACUAAACAGAGGCCAGAAUAGUCAACGACUAUUUAGAGAGAGAGAGAAAAAAGGGAUGGAUGGUGAGGGGCUGUUUAAGAUGUGAGUAAUAGACAGGCAAUACGUAAUGGUGUGAAAGUAGUUUGCUUCUUUAAGGGAAGCGACAGUUUCUUGAUGUAAAGGUUUUAAAGGAAGUUUGACCGAGUAUUUUGAAAUUGUUGUGCAUAAUGUCAGUUUGACACGAGUUUGAAUGGUUUCUUAUCGACGAAAAUUCUUUUGAUUUAAAAAUACAGCCAUUGCGAUAACUGGCACCGCUAUGGGAUUCGAUGCGGACUUUUCGUAAGCGUUGGGUAGACCCGUCGUAAUUUCCAAAAUUACAUUUUCGACAAGUAAAUUAUAGGCUGCCUAUUGUUAACCGGUUUUAACACAAACUUUAAAUUAACAUAGUUACUACAUACAGGUGAUUAUGGCUAUUAUUGCCAGUUCACGUCUAAAGGCUGCACUUUCCACAUGGCAACGAAAAAUACAUUAAUUUCUUUGGAACUUGAGCACAUAAUAAACUGGGUUGAUACAUGUGAGGAAUUCCUCUCACAACGAUUUUAUUUUCUAAUGUUUUUGUGUAUUCACUUGUUUCCAUGCUAUUUGUCUUUUAUUAUAGUUAUUAAUGUCUGUUUCAUAAGAAAUUAUUGAUUGAUUUUCACUGCGUAAUGCCGUCUGUCAGGUAAUCGACAGACAAGAACUAUGUUACUGUAUUUGUAUUCAUGUGAAAACCAAAUGCAUUCGCAUGCCCACAUAUUUGGUAAAGAUAUGUACGUCUAUAUUGCAUGAUAUAAUAAGGGUGAAAGAACCACAUCUAUUCGAGAAUGACACUUAACAUUAUUUUAUUUGAUUUUGCUAUGUUCUAGUAUGUAGUAUCUGUGGUGCGCUUAGCACCGAAAAGAUGGUUUUACACAAAGACGAAGUCUUUUGACAUAAACGUCAGUAGACGUUUUAGUAACGAAGUAUAAUUACUCUUUUAGUUAUGAUAAUUCAUUUGUCCUUAUAUAUAUAUAUAUAUAUAUAUAUAUAUAUAUAUAUAUAUAUAUAUAUAUAUAUAAUAGAAAUUGCUCUUGGUGAAUGUAUUGCGCAUAUCACGUAUGGUAAGAGUUGAAGGUGUCAUUGGGUCUUGUUUGUGCCUCUCGCCAGAGAAGCCGUUAGGAGAGGUCAAAAGAUCGGGAGGGGAAAGGAAGGGUAGUAGUUCGCCCCUCUGAACACUCCUUUGCGUGCCCCUCUAGGGGUGUGUAUGCGUAUGUGCGUAGUACACUGUAUGAGUGUGAUAUCGCCCAAAAUUCUAUUGAUACACACCACCAAUUAAUUCACUACAUUUAAUAAAUAUGUUGAAAUUGCACACUAUUAUAUUUGGAAUUUAUUUUUGACAACGAACUUUAUAAUUAUUGUAAAAAAUUUUAUGUUCAUGAAAACCUCGUAAGUCAGUUCUGCAUUCGUGGUAAUUGUAUAACUUGUCUCUUUUUCCCAACAAAACCCGAAUGCAGGACGAAACGAACAGCUUCUUGGCUCAACUUUUGAGGUGUUGUGUAGUGAUGUGUUUGUGGAUUUAGAAAGGGCGAUUGCCCUGAUUCUUUGAAUUUUGUCGUAAUUUGUUUAAUUUGAGUGCCAUUGGUAUACAAUUCCCCUUGAGUGAUUAAUUUCAUUUGUCACUUAUAUGUUAUUACUCUUUGAUAUGUUUAACUUUUAGUUAUUAAAUUAAUUUUAACUUUACAUUUA